UCCGUGCUAUAUCCACUUUCAUUCAUGUCGUUGGACGUCACGCACACGGACACGGUUUCGUUUGUGUGCGUGUCUCCAUCACCGAUGCUCUCGAUGGUUGGCAGUUCUAUUUAUCGACAGUAAANUGGAUGUAGCACGGAUUCAAACCGAAUGAAAGUGAAUUUAGCACAGACUCUAACCGAGAUACAUUUUUAUUGUAUGCGCCUGAAAGUGGAACUCGUUUCGUAGUUCGCGAGUUCCACGCAAAGUGGAACCCGGCGCUGAAAGUAGCGGCUGGAAACCGUCGCAAAAAACAACAAUGGCAUGGCCGCUCUCAGUCUUCUCUCUGGUGAUACAGUUUGACUAAUACAGGCUUUAGAGCAUAUGUGUUCACAUUACACAUAUGCUCACGAGUAAGUGCAAAACUCAAGAGAGUUGCAUAUCAUAAUAAUGGAAAAAUAUAUAAAAUCACUUCUGGAGGGAAAUGGCAAUUCACAGUUUCUGGGCAUAUUGGCUGCUGUGUUUGCCAUUAUCAUAACAUUAGUUCUGUUUGCACUCUGGCGUAAGAGAAAGUCUGUUGGUCACAGUAUCCUCUUGACAGGCCUUAGUGAUAGUGGAAAAACAUUGAUUUAUGCAAGAUUAUUCUGUUCCAAAUUUGUCCAUACAUAUACAUCUGUUAAGGAAAAUAUAGGAGAUUUACCAAUCAACAAUAGUUUUAUAAAGAUAAUAGAUACUCCAGGAGAUGAGCGACUACGUGGCAAAUACUUUGAUAAAUAUAAAUCUUCUGCCAAAGGACUGGUUUAUGUAAUUGAUUCAGUCACUAUUCAAAAGAAUAUUAAAGAUGUGGCUGAGUACUUGUAUAAUUUAUUGUCUGAUUCUUAUAUAAGAAAGAAUGUUCCUGUUCUUAUAUUAUGUAAUAAGCAGGAUCAGACAAUGGCCAAGGGAUGCACAGUGAUAAAAUCAUUGUUGGAAAAAGAAAUGAAUCUGUUGCGAAUGACAAAGACUAGUCAGCUAGAAACUACAGAUGCAUCUUUGGCUAAUGUUUUUCUUGGAAAACAAGGAAAGGAAUUUGAAUUUUCGCAUUUAGAUUCGCAGAUUGACUUUGCAGAGUCAUAUGCUUUUAAUAAAAAUCCUGAUACACCAGCUAAUAUUGAAGAAUUAUGUAAAUGGAUAUGUAAGAUUGUUUAAUAAUAUAUUGUUUUGUAUGAA